AUACGGCAAGUCCGAGCUGCCAAAUCUGACGUACGGAAGCAUCGUGGUAGUUCACACCAGUCGUUUGUCUGGAUGUAUAAUGUAGAAUAAAACUGGCACGUGGAGAUAAAGCUGAUCCAAAGGCAGCAGGGAUGGCUCUGGAGCAGCUCAGCGAUGUGGUCCAGAGAUGUCAAGCGCUCCCUGAAAACAAAUAUACCUCAGAAGACCAUGACAUCUUCACUAUCGCUGGACGGACCUGCAUCGAGGAGGGAAACAGUUUGCAGGUGCUCAGUAUAGUCCUGGAUGAGAAGAAUCAGGACAUAGUGAGAUGUAUGGGCUGGAACCUGCUGCCUCCCCUCAUUCAGACUCUACUGAAGAAAGAAGACAAGGUCCUCCCACACUGUCUGGCCAUUUUUAAUCACCUACUAGAGGUGUGUCCGCCUAAGGAGCUGCUGAUUGGCCUUUUGGAGCAGCUAGAGCAGGAUGACCCCGACACCAUCGCUGAGAGCCUCCAUCUCCUUCUGAGCCCUUUGCAGAAAGUGCUGCUGUGUCUGGGCACUCGUAAGGCGUCGUCACUGGGCAUGGCCCUCUCCUCUGUUCUGGACCAGGUGGCAAAACUGCCUCUACCUCAAACCAAAGAGCAGGAGGAGGAUGAUGUCUUUUCACUUUGUCGCUGUUGCACUGAUUUAACAACCUUCAUCCGGCCUUUUGUCCAAGAGGUCAGACAAAAUACUUUGAAGAGUAAAACACUGAGUGAAAGCUCAGACAAAAUGUUGGGCGAGCUGGAGAAAGCGUUACCGAGGAAAGAGGAUGAGCUGCGGACGGAACUCCUAAAGUUCUCUAUGAGGACUUUAAGUCACCCUCUCCUGGAGGUUCAUCUCAAGGAUCCUGACACUUUGGCUGAGUCUCCACUCAGAAAUUUUGCCACAGAGAUUAUGAACAGCCUCUCUGCGAUCGGAGAGUCGCUCCCGAGUCUCGUGUAUCAACCUCUGUUGAGGAGAAAAGAAGUUCCUGGUUUUCUGGAGGAGGAGGUGUGUUAUCCUAAGGAGUCUUUGGCAAGCCUCGCUCACCUUGUGUUCGUCCAUCACCUCGCUACAGACAACUUCCCGUCAGUCUAUAGUCCUGUGUUCUGUCUUCGGUCUAAUAUGGAGCACGUCUGCCUCCUUUUGUCCAGAACUGACGAGUCGAGGAUUCAGAAAGGACUGGAGCUGUAUGAGAAGAGUCUGGUUCGGGUGGAGGACGGCAGCCUCUCUGCAGACCUGCUGGAGAUCAGAACCUUCCUGACAGUCCCUCAGAACUUAGUGAAGGUCAUGACGAUAUGUCCAAGGCACGAUUUGAGGACUAAAGGUCUGAAGGUGUUCCAGCUGAGCAUCGACAAGUUCGACACCGAAGCCAAGUACCACUUUUUCCAAUACAUGUUGAAGACCAGUAAUCACUCAGGAGUCGAAGGCUACAUCAUCAAAAACAUCAAGAAUCAGAUCGACUCAGCCCUGAAGCCUGGUCACGAUAACUGCUGGUUCGAGGGGGUUCGUCUGCCUCCUCUGCUGCGUCUGGUUCUCAGACUCCCAGAUGGUCCAGAGACCGACCUGCUGCAGUACCUGGACAGAGUGAUGGAGUCUCUGAACCUGCUGCGGUACCUCGUCAUCAGAGACAAAGUGACUGAAAACCAGACGGGCGUCUGGACGGAGCUGUACAAGAUAGAAGACUCGUUCAUGAAGCCUCUGCGUGUCGGGCUGAACAUGUCCAGAGCCCACUACGAGAAGGAGCUCCACAGCACCAUGGACAGCAAGAAGAGCAAGGGCAAAGAGUCAGCGUUGUCAGUGACUGUAGGUGACGAGAAGCUGCCAAACAUGACGUCAGAGUCCCAUAUCGAGGCGCUGCACUCUGCCCUGCACACCUUCGACAUGAUCGAGAGCGUACUGGCACGAAUAGAAGAACUGGUCGAGGUAAAAGAGAGCGUUUAGAGAGAACGUCCAGACGUGUUCAUCAGUGUUUUCACCUACAGAACAAAUAUGGUCUUCACUUUCAGCAGGACUGCGAAGGAUUCACAACGGAACUGUAAAAGUUUCUAUUACUUCUGAAAUUAAACUUUUUUUUUUUACAUUGAUGCCACUGUUGACUUUAUAAAUGACUAGUAUUAAGUGAAAUAUUUCGAUUUCAAGGGCUAAUUUUAGACAAAAUGUUAUGGAUGUUCCAUCUGUAAUAACCCCACGUUUUUAAGACUAAAUGUUUCUUUCAUUUUGCUACUGGCAAAAAA